UCAGGGACAGGACGUGGGUCAGGACGAGGGUCAGGUCCUGGAUGAAAACUUUCUCACGCUUUUUGUUGGUCCUCAAGGUCCUCAAGCUGUACCUGUGGCUAAUGUCAUCAACUACACUGUCCAGAAUUCGAUGCUUAUCGAUCUGGACACGAAUGCCAUUGUCCCUGACACUGCAUUUCACACCCCCUCCACUCGACCUGCGCGCGUGGCGUUUACGCAAUACGCCACUCUUGACGAUGCUCAUAUGAACUCAAUUUCUGAGCAAGUUGUCACAGAUCGAGCAGGUCCCUCCAGACAUAACGUUCACUCGCUCCUCACGUGUCUGCGUGAAACAUUGACUACUGCAGAGCAACACUCUCUUUUACUGCAGAUUCAGGCUCAUGUGAAUCAUGAUGAGCGUCAACGAAAACGACCAAGAUUCUCCUCGGGCGACUCCGUUUCCUCCGAGUGACAUUCCCAGCCAAGAGAUUUAUUUGCGUAGAAAGAAUCUCAAUUAUACCAAUGAAGACGGAAUUUUGAUUGGCAAGUCUUUGUUUCAUAACAAUUAUGUUGAUUACAUCCUUCCAAAUUACGAAAAAGUUGGAGGCAUAGAAGAAUAUUUAAAAUCGCAAGAAGAAAAAGUAACAAAAUUGCUCAAAAAAGAACUUUUGGAAAAAAAGACAAUCAAGUCAAACAUGUUUUUAGUUUGCUUAUUCAGUGGUCCUUAUGACGUCACUAAAGACGCUAAUUUCAAAACAUUUAAUUCAAUGAUAUUAGAUCAAAAUGAUAUUUCCGAUUUUAUUGCCACACAGUACAAAAAAAUUUUGAAAGAGGCUGAAACUUAUUCGUUCAUGGGCAGUGGAUUUACCUUCAGGGCGGUCAAAUGCUUGGAAGUUAGGGUUUCAAAAUAUAGAUUCAUCCCCGGUUCCUGUUUCAUUUCCCUUCCCAAAUGCAUUUCUGAUAAAAAAGCAGUAACAAAUUUGAAAUGCAGUGAGGAAAAUUGCAAUAAAUGUUUCUUGCAUUGCAUUGUAGCAGCCAAGGCGAAAAGACCUGGUAGUUCAGUUCAACCUAGAAUCGAGAAAAAAUAUAUGAAAAAGUUUACGUGGAAUAUCACUUUUCCAGUUGGAAUUCCCGAAAUCAAGCAGUUUAUGAAGGAUAACCCUCAAUUAUCGAUCAAUGUUUUUUCUCUGGAUGAAAAGAAUAACAUUUUUCCAAUGUUUGUUCCACGAAAAAAAUGUAAAGAACACUAUAACCUUCUUUACAUUUGCUCGCGAGGAAAAGCUCAUUAUUGUUUAAUCAACGAUUUGUCCCGUCUGAUUGGAUCUUCGUUAUCAAAAAUAAAGGUAAAAAAAGAAAUAUGCACACGCUGCCUUUUACAUUUUCAUUCAGUUGAAAAAUUAAACGAUCAUGAAAUUAGAUGCAGCAAAGGCAAACUUACACAUCUCUCCCUUCCAAAACCUGGUUCGGUAUACAAAUUUGAAAAACAUGGUGCUGCUCUGCCUGUCCCUUUUCUCAUAUCAAUGGACCUAGAAAGUUUUCUUGUGCCUGUCGAUUCAUGCAUGCGCGAUCCUUCUAAAAGCUACUCUGAAAUUGUACAAAUCCACGAGCCGUUUUCAUUUGGCGCCGCGUUGCAUUCCAUCUACGAUCAAUCUCAAGUUUCAAAUGUUCCAUUAGGUUAUCAUUCAAAAAUAACCGAUGGAAAACGACUCGGAGUUGAAAUUAUUAAUUAUCUAGAUUCCGUUUCGCAGGAAAUUGCAAAGAUAUUUUCGCGAGACUGUCCAAUUCAAAUGUCAGCCGCAGACGAAGAAGGUUUUCAGGCGGCUGAUAAAUGCUACGUUUGUUCAAAACAAUUUACCGAGAACAAUGUAAAAGUACGUGAUCAUGAUCAUUUGAUUUCGGACCGAAAUAAUUACAGAGGAGCUGCUUGCUCAAGUCCCUGCAAUCUGAACAUGAAAAAGGUUAAAUUUGUACCUAUUUUCAUAAUGAAUCUCUCGAAUUAUGACGGGCAUUACCUGGUAAAGCUUUUCCUUUCUCACAAAUUCAACAUAAACGUUAUACCUUGCACCAGUGAAAAAUAUAUUAGUUUUUCAAUUAGAAUCAAUAAAAUUGAAUUUAGAUUUCUCGAUCUGUACAGAUUUUUCCCAGAGUCGUUAGAUUCGCUCGCUGCAGUCCUUCCUUUUGACAAAUUUCAUCAGACAAAAUUAUAUUUUGACCCCUCUGUUCACGAUUACGUGUGCAAAAAAGGGGAAUUCCCCUAUCAAUUUUUGACCGGACCUGAAAGGUUGAACGCUAGCUCACUGCCAGAAAAGUCAUUUUUUUACAAUGAUUUAAGCGAUACAGCAAUUAGCGACGAGGCUUAUGAAAGGGCAAAAACAAUAUGGAGAAUAUUUAAAUGUCGUACGUUUAAGGAUUUUGUGGACGUUUAUCAAAAACGUGAUGUGUUGUGUGCUUUGGACGUGCUUUUGUUCUACAGAGAGUUGAUAUUUAAUAAAUUCAAAAUAGAUCUCUGUCACUUUUUGACCAUUAGUCAGCUCUCUGUUAAUUUGAUGCUAAAACAUACGGGUAUAGAAAUAGAACUUUUGACUGAAAGUGAAAUAUACGAUUUUGUCGACUCUUCAAUAAUGGGAGGUAUUAGUGUUGUAAACAAAAGAUUUGAAACAGCAAGUGAAACUUGCCGUAUUUUCUAUACAGACUGUACGGCGUUGUACUCGUUCAUAAUGCUUACUUUUCCUCUACCCUAUGCAAACUACAAAUUCAUUUCGCCAGAGGGAUUUGAUUGGAAAAAUAUCAAUCCAUUGGGUGAAAAGGGUUAUGUUUUAGAAAUAGAUUGCUCUUUCAAUGAUAACGUUCAUCAGCGUUUGAGCUGCCUACCCCCCUUCCCGAUAAAAAAAUGUCCCCCUAACGCAUUGUUUGAAAAAUUGAUUUUGGACUUUGAACCCAAAAAGAAGUACAUUACAUCAUUGGCUAUGCUCCAGCAAGCUUCUGCCUUGGGGGUGUCGAUAGAUAAAAUUCAUAGGGUUUUGGAAUUUAGUCAAAAGAAUUACAUGCGUCCUUAUGUUGAAAUAUUACAAAAAUUUCGAUCUGACGCAACUUGCACCAGUGAAAAAAAUCUGUGGAAAUUAAUUUGCAAUAGCACCUUUGGAAAAAUGAUUGAGGACCUUAAAAAAAGGAAAUUGAUCAAGCUCGUUUCCAGCGAUCGGGCUUUGCAAAAACUCGUAAAAAAACCUACAUUCAUUGAUCGAAUUAUCUUAUCCGAAGGAAUGGCAAUUGUGGAAAUGCAUAGAGGUAAAAUUGUCUUGGAUAGGCCGAUUAUUGUGGGGCAGAAUAUUUUAUUUUGGAGUAAAUAUUACAUGUACUGGUUUUUCUACGACGUUUUGAAGAAAAAAUUUGGUUCAAGACUAACUCUCUGUCUUAUGGAUACUGACGCAUAUAUUGUCUCUAUAAAAUCGGAUAAUUUUUAUCAGGAAAUGAAAUCGAUCUCACAAUACUUUGAUUUUAGCUCUCUCCCUCCUUCACACCCAUUGUACUCGACUGAUAAUGCAUGUGUGUAUGGUAGCUUUAAGGAUGAAACAAAAGGCGUUGCCAUUAAGCAAUUUGCAGCUCCUCGUAGCAAAAUGUAUUCAUUUGUGUGUAACGAUGAGGAGGUAAAAAAAGCCAAAGGCGUGAAACGUUCGGCUAUUUGUAAACUUACUCAUGAAGACUAUGUCAAUUGUGUUUUGAACAAUGCGAGGAAAUAUUCUAGUUUUUACAAUAUUAACUCUAAGGAUCAUGAAUUGUACACGAUGAAAAUCCAAAAAUUGGCUUUGGAUUCCUCCGAUGACAAAAGAAAAAUUUUGGAUGAUGGAAUAUGUACACUGCCAUAUGGUCAUUAUGCUUUGAGAUGAUUUGCGUGCAAUAAAAAAAUAUUUUGAAAAAAUACCAUGUAUUUUAA